AUGGAGAGGGAAAGGGUCAUUGGAGCCGGGACCAUAACCGCGUUUUGUCUUCCGCCAGACACUGCUGAAGUCAUCGCAGCACCGGUAACAAUCGUGGACGCAGAUAAAUCAGACACGUUAAGCUCUCUCGACGUUCUCCCCUGGUUGGAUGGGGAAAGGGAGAAAAUAGUUCUGACCAUAGCGUUUCCGGGAUACAAAGGGGCACGCCGCAAAGCGUACCUCAUCGCUAGCGAAGAAACAGGUGCAGAGUCCACUGUGAACCCGACCCUUCAAGCCAUCGCGACGGCCGGAUUUUCUAGCUGCGUUUCCAUUCGAGGACCUUGCUUAGUCUUGAUCGCCAACUCUGUUGGGGACCUGGUGGUAACGAAGCGUUCUGAUUUCCCCUUAAAACUCCUGGAGUGUGUCGCGGAGGAGAGAGCUCUGGCUAUCAGGCAUGCUCUCACUGGCGUACGCUUGUAUGUGAAGGGAGACAAGUGUGUUUCCUUGGGUUUCAGAUUAACCUCGUCCGCUUUAACGGGUGCCGUUAUGCAAGUAAUCACCUCUAUCAAGCGUUCUGGGUCGGAAUGGGUGGCUGGUUUGUACAUUCCCUCGAAGGGAUAUGUGGGUUCCAUAGUCCCUAUCCCGUUGAAAACCGGUAGGGAGAAAUCGGAAGGACUCCAUGCCCUCGACUUGCGUCCGUACAUUGAGCAACCUGGAGUGCAAGACAACUGGUCGGUGUAUCUAUUUAAGAGCAAGGCAUCCAAGCGAGGCGUUCCUUUCAUUGGUGGGGGUGCAGUAGGGUCGUACAACGUAGGGCGAGAAAGUAACGAACUCUUUAGCAAGUAUCUCGGCGGGGAAACGUCGUAUACAGUUGGUAUAAACGGGCCUAUUAUUGUAGUUAUGCACGAGGAAAAUGGGAGCCUACGAAACGUCGGCCUCAAGGACGUACAAGACGCUUGCGAGUUCGCCUUAAGGGCGAUGUUUGAUAGCACCUCAGACCUUCUAUUAAAGGACGUGGACGCAAACGUUAAAUUACAUUUAUAG